AAACACCCACGUACAGGUUUGUGAGCAGCGAGCACUGUCGUCCAGCAAUUUACUUCUGUCCUCUUACAGAACCUCUGAUCCAAGAGUCUGAUCGGUAGGGCCAUGGCUCUGCAAGGGCUACUGAAAAAAGGCUCCGCAAAAUACAAGUCCAGGUUUGACCUUUCUCUCUGCAGUGCUUUCUCUAGAGUUCCUUCUUCUCCUUUCACUACUUCCGCCACUGCUACCCAUGAUGCUCGCCUACCUCUGCUUCCACCAUUUGAUUAUCAGCCUCAGCCAUACAAAGGACCAUUGGCCGAUGAAGUUUUCGUUAAACGCAAGAAGUUCCUCGGUCCAUCCUUAUUCCACUACUACCAGAAACCUCUCAACAUAGUGGAGGGCAAAAUGCAAUAUCUAUUUGAUGAGAGUGGCAGGCGUUAUCUCGACGCUUUUGCUGGAAUAGUUACUGUUUCUUGUGGGCAUUGCCAUCCUGAAGUUUUGAAUGCUAUUGUGAAGCAGAGCAAACUCCUGCAGCAUGCUACAACUAUAUAUCUACACCAUGCGAUAGCUGAUUUUGCCGAGGCAUUGGCAUCAAAAAUGCCUGGAAACCUUAAGGUUGUUUAUUUUGUAAAUUCUGGUUCAGAAGCAAAUGAAUUAGCAAUGUUGAUGGCCCGUUUAUACACUGGUAAUCUUGGUAUGAUUUCUUUGAGGAAUGCAUAUCAUGGAGGCAGUUCUGGCACAAUUGGGCUGACUGCUCUGAACACAUGGAAAUAUCCAAUACCAGAGGGUGAAAUUCAUCAUGUCAUGAACCCAGAUCCAUAUCAUGGAGUCUUUGGCUCGGAUGCUAGUUGUUAUGCCAAAGAAGUACAGGAUCACAUUGACUAUGGAACUUCAGGAAAGAUUGCUGGGUUUAUAGCUGAAACAAUACAGGGAGUUGGAGGAGCAGUUGAACUGGUUCCUGGGUACUUGAAACUAGUAUAUGACAUUAUCCACAAGGCCGGUGGUGUCUGCAUUGCUGAUGAAGUGCAGACUGGAUUUGGACGAACAGGGAGCCAUUAUUGGGGAUUUGAGACUCAAGGUGUCAUUCCUGAUAUUGUUACCAUGGCAAAGGGUAUCGGCAAUGGUUUGCCAUUAGGAGCCGUAGUUACUACUCCAGAAAUUGCAAGUGUGAUGGCCCAAAAGAUUCAAUUUAAUACUUUUGGUGGCAACCCCGUAUGUUCUGCUGGUGGGCUUGCAGUGCUUCAGGUUCUUGAUAAGGAAAAGCGUCAAUCCCAUUGUGAUGCUGUUGGUUCUCACUUGCUUGAGCGUUUGAGGUCUCUUAUGCGUAGAUAUGAAAUCAUUGGAGAUGUGAGGGGAAGAGGUUUAAUGGUGGGGAUAGAACUUGUUACUGAUCGAAAAGAGAAGACACCUGCAAAGGCCGAAACUGCAGUUUUAUUUGAAAAACUCAGAGAGCUUGGUGUUUUAGUUGGCAAAGGAGGACUGCACGGAAAUGUUUUUAGGAUUAAGCCACCGAUGUGUUUCACCAAAGAUGACGCAGAUUUUGUUGUGGAUGCCUUGGACUAUGCUCUUUCAAAGCUGUGAGAAUCUGCUAGGAGCUGAGAUGACUAGGGAUCCUAUGAACUCGUGGAUUACUGGGCCAGGUUGCUAUGCUAGAAGAACAGUUGCCCAGUCCAUGUGUUUAACUCAUCCCUUUGAAUAACAAUGCAAUGCCCAACCCCUUACAAAGUGGAUUUCUUUCUCAUAUAAUGUUGAUUGUUGACUGGUGUCAUGAAUUGGAUUUCAUUUCGGGGUUAUGGCGUUCAACUCGAAAAUCAUGUAGAGAGAGACAGAUUUGCUUGUGUAGACUAAGUGGCUGUUUCUCCGAA